AUGACAGAGAAGUCUAACAUUUAUCUCCAAGGCCGUCUAUUUCAGGUUGACUACGCCACUGAAGCCACUAAGCUUGGUUCUACUGCAGUUGACGUAAAGACAAAAGAAGGAGUUGUUCUUGAAGUCGAGAAGCCAAUCACAUCGCCUGUGCUGAUCCGAGCACUUCUUGCUAGGUUCUCUGUCUUCGUGUUAUUCGCUCGUGGAAUAUGUGAUAAUAUGAAAAAGCUGAACUUAUCUUUCAUCUUCACAAUCUCCUCCAAGUGUAGAGCAAAUGCUGGCUAUUCUUCCGGUAUAGACAACAUCUUCACCAACUCCGAACAGUCUGUUGCAAAUGCUACCGCCAACUUCUGA